AAGGUAGGACAAACGUUGAACCUAUUUAUAGGGAAGUCACGGAGGCACAGAGGAUAACUGUGAUUUGAUGCUAGUCAAGAUGAGGUCACUCGUGCUCCUCCUGGUCCUGCUGCAGACUCUGGGAGCCUCAGGCGGGCGGCGGUACAACUCCGAGCGGUCCAACCGAGGCCUCAAAGCCGCUGUGGCAGGACUCAACUCAGUGUAUGACGGCAGCCAUCUCUACAGGGCGACCCGCAGCUCAGUCAAAAAGGUUGUUCCUUUGGGCCUGAACACCGAUGACCUGCUGAUGGUUUUCACCGUUAAAGAGACGCAGUGUGCGAGGGGGUCCGGGAGCGACCCGCAGACGUGUCCCUUCAGACAGGGAUUCCUUGUGCCCUCGUUCACCUGCUCCAGUCGGGUGAGGGUGUUCCCCACCUCGGCCCAGGUGGCGUCUCUGAGAUGUGGAAAGGACAGCAGCUCCAGCUCCGAGUCCAGCUCCAGCUCAGAGUCCAGUGAGGAGAAGUCCUCAAGAAGGAGACACCAGUUCACCGCUCAAUUUGAAACCAGAGUCCCAGCUCCUUCUGCAGCUCCUUCUGCACCUCCUCCUCCUCCUCCUGAAGAGACGGCGGAUGAGCAUCCCGUACGAGGAGACACUUUCAGCAACUUCCUGGUGUGAAGGGCCAGCUCUGCUCAGGGAAACAUUUCGGUGCUGAAUUAAAGACAGAUGUAUCCCAUAA